UCGUUCCUGCGUCGCAUUUGCGCAGCCAGUAUGAGGUAGCCCCAGUCACGAAGAAACCGGAGAGCACGGCUCUCGCCUUUGAGCAACAAUAGCCAUGUCGGCCAAUCGUCGCAGCACUAAUAGUAAUUCUGCAUCUGGGGCGCGGAACGGUGCUCGAACGAGCAGCUCCGCGGACAAUGUGAAGAAGUGGGUCGCGGAGGACACUCGAGAGGAGGGCAAGGCUGUUUUUAAAGCACACGUCAAGGAGACAAGCAACUUGGAUGUUCUAUCUCGGUGCAAGAAGCUCAACGAGCUUUUAAGCAGCGACGUGCUCAAAGGCAAAGGGGACUCCAAGGAGCAGCUGAAGGAGAUUCUGGGCAUUUUGCACUCGGGACCAAAGCGGCCCUCCUUUCUGGACAAACCGCCGGUGACGGCAACUGCAGGCAAGCGGCCGGUGCCGGCGCAAGCAGCGCAGCCUGUUGCAGCAGGGCCUUCUGGACACCUUGAUGCGGAUGCGCUGAUGCGGCUGUUGGACUCGGAGGACGCGGACCAGGCGGCGAGGGCGAGCCCACCUUCCACCUCGCGCACCGGACAACCUCAAACGGCGGGGCCGCCAGCAGAGGACGUUGACGACCUCAUCAACCUGCUCAAUGACGCCUCGCCGGCACCCGGCAACGGCGCAUUGCCGGUGCAGCAAAAGCAGCAGCGGGAGCGGGAGGAGGCCGAGCGGCAGCGGAGAAUAAAGGAGGCGCAGGAGGAGGCGGAGCGGCACCGCAAAGCCAAGGAGGAGGCGGAGCGGCAGUGGAAAGUGCAGGAAGAGGCAGAGCGCCAGCGAAAAGCACUGGAGGACGAGGCUAAGGCUGAGGCGCAGCGCAUGGAUCGGAUGCGGCGGGGCGCAGCGGUGUGCAUCCAAGCUGCCUGGCGUGGGCACUGCGCUCGCCGCCUAGCAGCGGUACGGAGGAAGCAGCGCGCUGAACAGCGGGCGGCAGAGGUGCUUCAAGCGGCCUGGCGAGCACGGGGCGCUGCGCGGGAGCAUCGUGCGCGCCUUGCCGCGGCGGCGGCGCUGCAGGCGGCUGUGCGGGCGUGGCAGGCGCGACGGGCGCUGCAGCGGCUGCGCGUGCAGGAGUUCCGGCGGCAGCACGCGGCGCGGCUUAUCCAGCGGGCGUACCGCUACUACCGCUACACACGCGGAUACACGUUGGGGCCGCUGAGGGUGCCGCCGCAGGGUGGCCCGCGGCCCGGCUCCGGAUCGGGUGUGGACGGCGCGGCCUUGCUGGCGAAGCAGCUGCGGCUGCGCAGCGCGGUGGACGCACGGCUAGCGCCCGAGACGCCACAACAAGCGCAGGGGGACGACGAUGCCUCGCAGCACCGCACAGUGGCCACGCACCGUGAGCGCGUGCGGCAGGUGAGCGCCAACGAGCGCAGCCGCCGCGCCGAUCUCGGAGAGCGGGCAGUCAUGGCGGGGUCUAGCCACCGCGACGAGGUGGAAGCCAUGGCCAUAGCACGCACGGGUAUGGUUUCUGGACCGCCGCCCUCAGGACCCGGCAGCCAGCUGCCGCCCACGCAACGUGUGUCGUGCGGCGGUGACGGCGGAGGGCGGCCGUUGAGUCGGACAGGCAGCGGCGCGGGUGGCGGCUCGAGGCUUGGGCCGGAGGGCAGCGGCAGGCCGCCCACGGCAGCGUCGAGCAAUGACGCGUUGGGUGCGCUACGGCCUAGCAGCAGCAGCUUGCGGCGGCUAUCUGGGUCGGCCACGGGGCGGCCGGCUUCUCCCGGGAUGCCGCCCUCACGGUGAUGGGCAGGCGGGGGCCUGGGCACCGGACGGGAGCAUGCUCGCCAGCAGCAGCGGGUGUCCGAUGGCAUUCUGCCCUUGACGUGGACGUUUGGUGUUCUAGCAAAAUUGGAUGUAAGUUGAAGUCUGGCUGGACGGUGAUUCGGUGAUCGGCGGGCCCGCACGUGGGAUGACGAGUGCCAUGUUUGCUGCAUGUAGCAUGCAGUGUCCUAAGCAACGGGCAGACGGGCUGUGGCUGCGCCUCCCAGCAGCAAUGCUUGCAUGCGAUCUUCUGUGACAGCCAGGACCAAGCAUGACUCGUGCAGUCGUGCUCGAGUGAAUGGGUACUCUUGGUCGAUGCCAUCGGUUGCUUCCAGGGCGGGGUGAUGGGCAGGGGCGGGUGCUUGUAAGAUCGGCGAUUCAUGUUUAUACCGUUGCGCAUACACAUUGGUGCAGGCAGCCUGCAUGGUUCGAGGCUGGCUAGAUAAGCGGGAUCGUAGCGCAAAGCCGGGGGCAAGUAGGGUGCAGUGCAGGGCAGGGGAGGUGCAGGGCCUCCAGCAGAGCGUGUACGUAGGCAGGUAUUGGGUGUUUGUGUCCAGAGACGAGGUCUGCAUUGAUCGGACUUGCGACAAGCAAUGCGUGCUUUGUGUGAACUGCAUUGCGUGAAUGGAUCUCUGGAUGGCACUAGGAGGGUGUUCGCGGCUGCAGGGCGCUGGAAAGCGCGCCCGCUGUACAUAUGAUCACUGAAUAGCUCUGAUUUGAGAGGCGGAAGUGCAUUGUCUGCUUGGCCCCAGAGCGAAAGCAUUGAAGUGCGGAAGCCUGAAUGCCUGAUGCGUAGCGCAGGGCUCCACAAGUCCCUGUGGGCCGACCGGUAUUGCAGCAGGGGCCCCUUUCCUGCGGUGUGCUGUCACGUACCGUUGGCUCGGUGCUGAGAGCUACGUGCGC